UCCUCUCCCAUCAAUGGCUACAGAUUCAGCGAUUUAAACAAUGAUAACUUACCUACUCGCACAAAAUUGUUCUCUGCGGAGGCAAACCCAAAAAAUCAAAGAAAUCAUCUCUACUUCCUUCAUUUUUGUUUUGUUUUGAAGCUAGGGUUUAUUUCCGUCAACAAUGGCUCCAAAAAAGAAACUAACACGAUAUGAUGCCGCUUAUGAUCAUUUGGGAAGAGGAGGGUUAGGCUUUACCAAGAAGGUCAUUAGGAAGAAGAUUGAUUCUCUUUUGAAGGUUUAUGGAGACGAAGGUUGGGUUUUCAUCGAAGAUGGUGCAUAUAAGUUAUUGAUUGACUGCCUCUUGGAAGAGCAAGAGAAAUUACUUCUAAAAGGAAAAGAAGUAGAAGAAGAAGAUCGGGAAAUAUUACUGCUAAAAGAUAAAGAAGAAAAAGAUCACCAUGAAUUAUUUUCAAAGGAAAAGGACGACGAAGAAGAAGAAGAAGAAGAUCAAGAGAGUGAGGAACAACCUCCGCCGAAGAUUUCAAGCCUAGCUGAAAUUGAUAAGAGACUCACAGAGAAUGGCAGGUUAUCCUCAAUUGGAGAGGUGUGGAACGUCAAAAGUAGAAUAGCAGAGAAUGGCAGGUUCGCUUCAGUUGCAGAGGCGGCGUCCUAUACAAUGGAAAUACCUGAAUCCAGUGAAGUUGAGAUUUCUGAACCCACUGGAACCGGGACACCUCAACGCCUUACCAGGAGGCCUUGCUUUGGUUUCUAUGAAAGUGAUGAUCAUGAUGAAGAUGACUGUGAAGAGAACUACGUGUUCUUUGAGACAAAGGCUUCACUUCGUGAACGGAUAGCCGGAGAGAGGUCGGUAACUCCUCGAAAACAACGCAAGUCUCGGUGGGAUGUGGUGGGUGUGUGAGUUUCUCUCUAUGCCAACACAGUUUUUUGUAAUUAAACAUACUGUACAGCAAAAAAUAAGAUGAAAGAUGGUGAAGUCUUGCAGCUUUUGCUAUGUUGCCAGCCUACUGGGAAUGUUGUUAGGCAUGCAAAUUUUUGUGCACUGUAUUUCUUCAACUUCUAAUCAAUUCACUAAUAUUUAGUUUAUAUUA